AUGGCGAAAAACAAUACACGACAUGCAGCAACCGAUUUGCGGCGCCCUAAAGCUGUCCGCAAACCUGCUCGACCAUCAGCCCCAAAAUCCAUCGACUUUCCCAUCAAUAAGCUCCCCGCCGAACUCGUACACAUGAUAUGUGUCUACCUCAAGCCGACAGAAAUCGCCAACCUCCGUCUCGUCUCCCGCCUCGCUGCUCCUAUUGGUCUACAGUACAUGGUUCCAGAAGUCCACCUAAUUCUCGCAAAAGACAGCUUCGAACAGCUCAAGACACUUGCUGAGCACCCGAUAGCCAGCAAAUAUGUCACUUCUUUCUUCUUCGAAGCCGACAAACUUGGCUUACUCCUCCGUAAACGCUGGGAGCACGUCGUUGCUGGUCCACAAUUCAUCGCACAAGUCGAAGAACUGCACAUGCGGGGCCAUCCAUGCCCCCACGCCUCUGAGAGAAGCGUGCGGACCUUCAAUCGUGAGGUUAGCAAAAUGAGCGCAGCACCUCGCCAUCACUAUACCGAAGAGCAGAUGGACCAUGCUUUUGAAAAUUACUGCGACUUCACCUACUUUCAACAGGGUUCUGAAGAAGCAGCUGUGCAAGAGAAGGAAGUGUGCUGCGCUCGGAUUCGUACCUCAAGGCUGAGAAAGACGUUCGAGCCAGCCUUCUGCACUUGCUACGAAAUUGACAACCCGCGAAACACCAAGUUGGAACCUUUGGGCCUCCGGCAAAUGCGUUCCCUUUUGCUUGGAGCCUAUCAUGCCGGAUUGAAAGUGGAAGCCCUGCACUGUGGGGUAGUCAGUUGGCGGAUCCUCAAGCAAGACACCGAGACUUUUGCCCGCAUGAGGAACAGUGUGUCGAACGUCAAGAAUCUGAGACUCGAAUUCACUACGGGCCUUGGAAAAGAUGAUGAUUAUUCAUUUGAAGAGCUCGAGAUUGAAUCAUGUGCCUCAUACCUCGAAGCAGGACGACUCCGGGAUUUCGUCACCGCAGCGCCCAACCUCGAGCACCUACGAAUCGGCUUCCAAUUUAACGAACCCAUCUGGCCUACCCAACUCGAGUACAUAGUCGGCGAGCACCACUGGCCCUCCCUCAAGACCGUCGAACUCAUAAAGAUCGCCACCAGCGAAGACGAGCUCGUCUCCUUCUGCUCCCGACACGCCAGCACCCUCAAGUCCCUCUACCUCUCCAGCAUUGGUUUGUUGGAAGGAGACUGGUUCUCCGCGUUCAACAAGAUGCGCAAGAUCCUGACGCUAGACUCGAUGGUGGUGUUAGGACGUUUGGAGGGGCUGGACGAAGGCUUGGAUUUCGAAAUGGGUUCUGAGGAGUAUUGCCCCGAGCUCAAGGAGGGCAUCGAGGCGUAUUUCAUGGGGCCGUGUUCGAGUGAUGAAUCGAGCCUGGAUGAAUUCUUGGAUUUCUAUUUGCCGAAUUCGGAUGAUACGUGGUCGGAGUGGGAUUCGAGUGAUGGCUGGUGGUAA